GUAAUGAACUCUUUUAUUUACUCUUUGUUACAUUACAGAAUUCCGAAAUAAAUAAUUUUAAUUUAAUUUUCAAUAAUAUUUUUUCUUUACUUUUUAGUUUAUCAGUAUAUAAUUUAAAUAUUUAUUAUUCAUCGCAAAUGUUAUUAACAUAAUGGAUUUCACACUGAAUAUUUUUACAUUAAAUUGUUGGGGCAUUCCAGUAGUAUCGAAAAAUCGUAAAGAACGUAUGGAAGCUAUUUCUAAAUACCUUCAGACGAGUUCCCAUAAUAUUGUUUGUUUACAAGAAGUUUGGAGUGAGAAUGAUUAUUUAUUUUUUAAAGAUAGUCUGAAAAUUGUUCUUCCUUAUUCACACUAUUUUUACAGUGGUGUAAUGGGUUCAGGCCUAUGCGUGUUUUCUAAAUGGUUAAUACAAGAUGUGUUUUUCCAUCAGUGGCCACUAAAUGGCUAUAUACACAAGAUCCACCAUGGUGACUGGUUUGGUGGUAAAGGAGUUGGUCUAUGUAGAGUGAGGUGCAAUGACAGGUUGAUUAAUAUUUAUUGCACUCAUUUACAUGCAGAAUAUCAUGAGGAUGAUAUGUACCUAGCACACAGAGUGCUGCAAGCAUACUCUACUGCUGAAUUUGUCAAUUUGACUACAUCACCAGCAGAUGUAUCCAUACUUGCAGGAGAUCUGAAUACAGCACCAGGGGAUUUGUCUUUUAGAAUUAUUACACAGUUGCCUCAGCUCCUCGAUCCUUUUGAUAUGAAAUGUGAAAGAAGCAAUCCAGCAAUUCAAAAUCCUUCUGGAACCUGUGAUGCUGCAAACAAUAGUUACAGCAAUCAAAAACUAAUAAAAGAUGCUCCAGAAGGGAAGAGAAUAGACCACAUUUUGUUUCAUGUGAAUUCUGCAUUGGAGACUGAAAUCAUCAACUUCGGGAAUCCUUUGGAAGACAGAGUACCUGGUCACCCAUUUUCAUACUCAGAUCACAAUGCUGUCACCUUAGAAAUGCGGUUAAAAUCUGUUAAUGACUCGAAAAUUGGACAAAGACAAUACAGUAAAAAUAGUUCCUUUGAUGCAACUGUGGCACAAGCUAUCGAAGUCUGUCAAGAAGCUACUGAAAACAUAAAAAGGUCAAAAAAGCUUUUCCUUACAUCAGGUGGUUUGCUGUUUAUGUUUUUAUUAGGAACAGUAGGCUUUUGGCCGAACAAUGUGAUUUAUGAUGUUAUUAAAAUAAUACUGACUGGCCUUUGUUUCUACUAUCUACUAAUGGGUACAUUAUGGAAUAAAAUUGAAAUGAACAGUCUCAAAGCUGGACUUAGUGCAUUAGAAAAUUUCAGUAGAACAAAAUUAGAGUCAGCUAAAGAAUAAUAUCAGUAAAUUAUGUGAUUACCACCAAACAGUAUCUACAUCUAAAGAUAUUUACAUAUACUUGACUGCUAUAACUUCACUCUAUAAUAUUUAUAUUUAUAAGUAUGAGUGAAAAAUAUUGUACUACAUUUAUCUAAUUUUCUACACCUAAGUAUAUUUUAGUAAAAAUAAGUGAUUUAUUUUAUAUAGGCGGAAUAAUAAGGCUGUGUUUAAUAUUGCUUUAGUUUAUAAGUGAUGACAUAUCUACCAUUUAUCAUCAUGAAAUAAGUAUU